CAGAAAAAUAAAGAAAAUAGUUUUAUUUUUUAUUUUUUUUCUGUUAAAAAGACAAAAAAUGAUUAUAAUUAAAAUUAUUUUAUUAUUGCACAUUAAUUUAACCUUUGGAUUAAUGUUUAAUAUUUAUCACUGUAAUUUCAUCAAGUAUAUGUUAAAUUUUUUUAAUCAUAACAAUCGAUAUUUAACUGAAAUUAGUGAAAACGUAGAAAACUACAAUGUGCAUACUUUGAAAAAAUAUGGCAACACAAUAAAAACUCAUGGCGAAAUUGUACUAGUAAUGUUAGAUGUUUUAAGGAAAGCUAAUAGAAAUUUAUACUCGAAUGAAUUGAUGUCAGUUAAUUUAUAUUUAAAUAAUGUAUCUAAGUAUGUAGAUUUCUAUGCUAAAAAUAAUGACGGAAUAUUUGAUAUGUCAAAUCGAACAUCAAGUCUUCUUAAUGGUUACAUGAUGUUUCAUCAGUUUUUUUUAAAAGACUUUGAGAUGAUGAUACUGAAAUUUUGCAAUAAUGUGAUAUAUGACGAAGUAUUUAUUUAUUGUCCUGAUUACAACAAAUCAGGAGAAUAUACUCUCGAAAAUUUUCAAUAUGUAGCAAAUAAACUUAAAAAUCGAUUACUGCAAACUGAUAAGCAACAAAACGACACGGAUGAUAAUGUACAAAAUUUAAAACAUAGUAAAGUGUAUAAAGUUUUUAAUAAAGCUAUUAAAAGGUCUCAAUACUGGGAAUUCUUACCGAAAAAUUUAAUAUUUUAUGACUUUAUGAUGAAAAAUCCCAAAAUUUCUGAAAAAGAUUUAAUAAGAAGUUCUCAAGAUAAGCAAUAUCCAAUAUUAAUAAACGGACGGUAUAAAAAUGUUUUAGAUAUGAUUCGAUUUGCACCACUCACUAAAAAAUGUCCAGAUAAAAGUAAUUUGAGACUUUUUGAUAUAUUUAGAUACGUCAAAUAUACUUUUCAUAGAAAAGAAAUAGAAGUAUUUCUUACAUUACUACUAACAGCAACAUUUCGUCCUAUAGCUUUACUCGUAAAUUUCUUUAUCGCAGUUCUUAGGAAAUUAUCACGCGAAUACGACUUUAAUAGUAAUGAACAAGAAGUUUUAAAAUACUAUGAAAAUAUUAUUUCUGUUGGUAAAAGAAUAAUUGAUUGUUUUAAAAAUUUUGUCAAUGUGAAUCUUUUUGGUGACAAUCCAAAACAAGUUUUUUUAUUAUUCUUAAAUAAAACUAUUAACUGCUAUAAUCAUUUUAUUCAUAAAAGGACUGAUGAUGUGGUGUAUUUAUGCAAUUAUUUACAGAAUGCAUUAAAAUUAUUUUUGUACAAUAACAAAUUUAAAAUUGAUAUUCUUACUGGCCAUUUUACAAAUGAUAUUAAUGAUAAUCUAAUGAACGCAUUGGUUGUGAACCUGGAACAAUCAGAAGAAUUUGUAGCAGAAUUAAUAAAAAAUGAUAAAUUCUUUGAAAUUAUCAAAAAAUCUUUUAAUAUUAACUAUACGUUAUGCUAUGAAAACACGUAUGUUUUUAAUAAUUAUAUAAUAGACAUGCUAUGUGAAACUAAAGAUAUUUAUACAGAAUUAUAUAAGCUCAAUAGCGAUGCAGCCACUCAAAUCGGCGAAGUCAAGGAAAAAAGUGAUGCUGAUGAUAACGAAAAUGAAAACAAAAUUAUUAUGGAGCAUCAAAAUCACCCAAACAAGAAUUUUAAGAAUAAAUAUAGCCUCAAUAUAAACUGUCCUAAGUACAUAAUACAUUACAUAUUGUUCUUAUAAAUUGUACUCAAUAUAAUAUUAAUAAAUAAAUAUUCAAAAGGGUUGA